AUGGGGGUGCCAGCUGAUCUCCAUCUUUCAUCCAGUCACCCCAGGGGCAGAAACCAACCCACCUGUGGUAGGACCAAGAGCAGUGUGACUGUCCUCUUGAUGGCGUGUCUUUGGGGCGCGGCCGCUGAGAGCCCGGGGGGGUUCCUUCGCCUGGUGGGCAGCCCCAGCCGCUGUGCUGGGCGGGUGGAGGUGCUCCACAACGGGACGUGGGGGACAGUGUGCGACGACGGCUGGGGUUCCCCCGAGGGCCAGGUCGUGUGCCGACAGCUGGGCUGCGGGACAGUGCUGUCAGUGGCACCAGGAGUGCGGUACGGAGAAGGAACGGGACAGAUCUGGUUGGAUGAGGUCAACUGCACCGGGGAGGAAAGGAACCUCUCUGAAUGCCGAGCCAGGCCGUGGGGGGAACACAACUGUUACCACGUGGAGGACGCCAGUGUUGAGUGCUCAGACUCCAGCAUCACCGCCCUGGGCACCCUCCAGCUGCUCAACGGCCCCAACCGCUGCGCCGGGCGGGUGGAGGUGCUCCACAACCACAUGUGGGGGACGGUCUGCGACGAUGGCUGGGACCUGCUGGAUGCGGCAGUGGUGUGCCGGCAGCUGGGCUGCGGCACAGCGCUGUCAGCCACCAGCGGGGCUCACUUCGGGAGGGGUCACGAUCCCAUCUGGUUGGACGAGGUAAACUGCGCUGGCACCGAGGACACCCUCUUCGACUGCCGGGCCAGCGCAUGGGGGGACAACAACUGCUUCCACGGGGAGGAUGCUGGAGUGAUAUGUUCAGCUUCAGGGGUGUCCACGGCCACUGAGCUCCGUCUGGCCAACGGUUCGACGCCCUGCGAAGGCAGGGUGGAGGUCCUCCACAACGGCACCUGGGCAGCCCUUUGUGACGAGGGCUGGGGCCUGGCUGAGGCUCGUGUGGUGUGCAGGCAGCUGAGCUGCGGGCGAGCACUGUUGGUGCCUGACAGGUCACAUUUUGGGCAAGGACCUGGGCAAACGUGGCCCAAGAGCGUGAGCUGUGUGGGCACGGAGACCACCCUCUCUGCAUGCAAGACGAAGCCCCAGGGCAACGGCACUUGUCACCAUGGGAGAGAAGUUGGUGUGGUGUGUAACUCGGAGGGCGACCAGGUCCGGCUGGUAAACUACGGCAGCCGCUGUGCUGGCAGGGUCGAGAUCUUCCAUAACAAGAAGUGGGGGACUGUGUGCGAUGACAGCUGGGACCUGCUGGAUGCCGAGGUUGUCUGCCGGCAGCUGGACUGUGGGCACGCACUGUCGGCCCCUGGGGGGGCUCAGUUUGGGCGUGGCGACGGCAUCAUCUGGAUGGAUGAGACGAACUGCACAGGGACAGAGAACACGCUGUCUGACUGCUUGGGCCGGCCGUGGGGCAUCAAUAAUUGCUACCACGGGGAAGAUGCUGGAGUGGUUUGCUCAGACUCGAUCAUCCCUGAGCCGGCUCAUCUCCGACUGGCAAAUGGUUCGCACCGCUGCACUGGCAGAGUCGAGGUGCUUCACCAGGAGGAGUGGGGAGCCGUCUGUGACCAUGGCUGGGAUAAUCAGGAUGCCGAGGUCGUGUGCCGGCAGCUGGGCUGUGGGAGGGUGCUGCCAGCAAUGGAGGGGCUGGACUUUGGUUCCGGGCCCCCACGCAUCUGGCUGGACAAUGUGAAUUGCCAGGGGAUGGAGCCAGCCCUUAUAAAAUGCCAGGCGAGCCCAUGGGGAGAGAGCAGCUGUGGCCACGGGAAGCACGCCAGUGUGGUAUGCUCAGGCUCGGCUGUUUCCAGUUUCGCCCCAGUCCGGCUGGUGGACGGCCCAGGUCGCUGCGCUGGGAGGGUCGAGGUGUUUCACAAUGAUAAAUGGGGGACAGUGUGUGACGACAACUGGGACUUUACGGAUGCCAAAGUGGUGUGCCAGCAGCUGGACUGCGGGAUGGUGGUAUCAGCUCCGCGACGGGCUCGCUUCGGGGAGGGACAGGGACCCAUUUGGCUCAACGACGUGCACUGCUUGGGGACCGAGGCAGCCCUCUCCGAAUGCAGAACCAAGGGCUGGGGUGUCCAUGGAUGCGAGCAUGGAGAAGAUGCCGGUGUGGUGUGCUCAGGAUCGGGCAUUUCUGACCUCAGAAAGCUCCGUCUGGUGAACGGCUCAGACUCAUGCUCCGGGAGAGUUGAAGUGUUUCAUGACCAGCGCUGGGGGGGCAUCUGCACCGAUGGCUGGGACCUGGCCGAAGCCCACGUGGUGUGUCGGCAGCUGGGCUGCGGGGCGGCGCACUCUGCUGCGGGGUCUGCCCGGUUUGGGACAGGAGAUGGCCUGAUCUGGGUGGAUGCCGUGGAGUGCACAGGAACAGAGAGGGCCCUCUUCGAAUGCAAGGUCAAGUUCUGGGGCGCUGAGAGCUGCAAGUCAAGGGCACAUGCAGGAGUAACGUGCUCUGCGGCUGCAGACUUGGACCUAGGGAGCUCGGAAGCCCUGCGGCUGGUGAACGGCCCGCACCGCUGUGCUGGGAGGGUGGAGGUCUUCCACAGCCACCAGUGGGGGACCGUCUGCGACGAUGGCUGGGACCUGAACGAUGCAGCUGUGGUGUGCCGGCAGCUGGGCUGCGGAACAGCCAUGUCAGCCCUAGGCCUGUCUGGUUUUGGGGAAGGAUCUGGCCCCAUCUGGCUAGAUGGGGUGAGUUGCCUUGGAACAGAAGCCACCCUCACUGAAUGCUCGUUCAAGCCUUGGGGACACCAUGCGUGCAACCACGUGGAAGAUGCCAGCGUUGUAUGCUCAGGCUCAGGGAUUGCCAGCAUCCCCAAGCUUCGCCUGGUGGGUGGUUUGGGCAAGUGCGCUGGGAGAGUUGAGGUGUUUCAUAACAACAACUGGGGGACGGUCUGCGACGACAGCUGGGAUCUGAGUGAUGCCGCGGUGGUGUGCCGGCAGCUGGGCUGUGGGGUGGCCCUCUCAGCCCCCAGCUCGGCUCAGUUUGGGUGGGGAACUGGCCCCAUCUGGCUAGAUGAUGUCAGCUGCACAGGGAAGGAAACUGACUUCUUCGAGUGCCCAGCUAAGAUGUGGGGCAGCCACAACUGUCACCAUGGGGAGGACGCUGGUGUGGUGUGCUCAGAAGCAAGCAACUCCAGCUCCGUCGACCUGCAGCUGGUGGACGGACCACACCGCUGCGCCGGGAGAGUGGAGGUGUUCCACGCUGGGCAGUGGGGGACGGUCUGCGACGACGGCUGGGACCUGAAAGACGCAGCGGUGGUGUGCAGGCAGCUGGGCUGCGGCGGAGCUGAGGGAGCCCCCCCCCAGGCUCGCUUUGGGCAGGGCACAGGGCGCAUCUGGCUGGAUGAUGUGGCCUGUGCUGGGAGUGAGGAUGCCCUGGCCCAGUGCCGAGCCCGUCCCUGGGGGCAGAACAACUGCAACCACAGAGAAGACGCCAGCGUGGUGUGCUUAGGCACCGGCACAACCAACAUGUCGACGGUCCGGCUCGUGGGCGGCCCACAUCACUGCGCUGGGAGGGUGGAGGUCUUCCACAACGAGCAAUGGGGGACAGUCUGUGACCACGGCUGGGACCUGAGCAAUGCGAUAGUGGUCUGUCGGCAGCUGGGCUGCGGGGCAGCCGUCUCAGCCCCUACAAGAGCUUUCUUCGGGAGAGGGCAGGAUCCCAUCUGGCUGAACAGUGUCACCUGCGUCGGGACAGAGCAUGCCCUCGUGGAGUGUCAAGCCAGGCCCUGGGGAAACAGUGGCUGCACUCAUGAAGAGGAUGCCGGCGUGGUCUGUGCAGACCUGACCAGGGCAACGGUGGCUGAGGUCCGCCUGGUACAGGGACCAAACCGCUGUGGUGGGAGGGUGGAGGUGCUCCACGCUGGACAGUGGGGGACGGUCUGCGACGACAACUGGAGCCUGAACAACGCGGCGGUGGUGUGCAGGCAGCUGGGCUGCGGGGCAGCCGUGGCAGCCCCUGGCAGGGCUCACUUCGGGCAGGGGACGAACCGCAUCUGGAUGGAUGAUGUGAACUGCACCGGGAGUGAGGAAAACAUCGCCCAGUGCCAAGCCCCUCCCUGGGGACAGAAUAACUGCCACCAUGGAGAAGAUGCCAGCGUGGUGUGCUUAGAUGGCAACGUCACAGAGGAGGUGCAGGUCCGCUUGGCCAACGGCCCGAACCGCUGUGCCGGGAGAGUGGAGGUGCUUCACCAACAGCAGUGGGGGACUGUCUGCGAUGACAGCUGGGAUCUGAAGGAUGCCAAGGUGGUCUGCCAGCAGCUGGGCUGUGGGACAGCCGUGUCGGUCCCACACCAAGCUCAUUUUGGGCCAGGGUCGGACCCCAUCUGGCUGGAUGACGUGGAGUGCACUGGCACGGAGACCACCUUCUCCCAGUGUGGCCUUAGGAGCUGGGGACUCCAUAACUGCAACCACGAGGAAGAUGCAGGAGUUGUGUGCUCAGGCACAAACCCCUUGCAGCUGCGGGUGAAAGAUGGUCCCAGUUCCUGUGCGGGGCGGGUGGAGGUGCUCUACAACGGGACCUGGCACGGAGUGUGCGGCAGCGGCUGGAGCCUGCUGGAAGCUGGGGUGGUCUGCAGGCAGCUGGGCUGUGGGCCAGCCCAGUCGGCGCCUGCUGGAAACCAGUUCAGCCGUGGGGACAGCCAUGCUUUGCUGGAGGGGCUGAGCUGCCAGGGCACCGAGACGCUGCUCCUGGAGUGCCAGCAGAGAGGGAUGAGUCCGGGGCCGUGCAGGCAGGGCUCAGCGGCCGGCGUGGUCUGUGCAGAACCAAAAGGUGCUUCAUCAUCCUGCGCGGGGCUGAUAGCGCUGCUGGCACUGGUGAUGCUGCUGAGUGGAGCCCUGCUGUGGCUCAACCUGAAGAGGAGGUGCCUGGCAGCAGCUCACGCUGGAGAUCUCACAGCCCCCUGGCAUCAGAGAGCUUCAGCGACGUCCUUCCAGCCCGCCAUCUACCUCCCCACCAAGGCAGAAGCCCCUCAGGACGCCGAGACGAUGCAGCUCAUGAAGGAAGAUGCUCACUACAGGGACCGUACGAAAAGGGGGACAGGUCGGACCCAGGAUCUCCGGGAGUCCAAGGGACAACACAAGGGCAACGGCGCGGGUUUUGCAGACGAAGGGGCGCUCACCAGUGUGCACCCGCUCGUGGGAGGAGAGGGCGUUGGACUGCUUGAAGCCCUUGCCGCAGAGCGGGCAGACGAAGGGGCGGUCGCCUGUGUGCACCCGCUCGUGCACCUUGAGGCUGUGCCCGUAGGUGAACUUCUUCCCGCAGACACCGCAGACGUGGGGCUUGUCGUCGCAGUGCUGGCGCUGGUGGAGCAGCAGGGCAUUGGAGGUGGGGAAAUCCUUCCCGCAGUCGGCGCACUUGAAGGGCUUCUCGGCGCAGUGGGUGAGCGCGUGGCGCUGCAGCUCGUAGGGGGUCUUGAAGCUCUUGGCGCAGCGGGGGCAGCGGAAGGGCCGCUCACCACUGUGGAUGCGCCGGUGCUCCUGGAGGUUGGAGGAGCGCUUGAAGCGCUUGCCGCAGAGCUCGCAGCGGAAGGGCCGCUCCUCCGUGUGAACCAGCCGGUGGCUUUUGAAGUCCGAGUGGCGCUUGAAGGAGGCCUGGCAGAGGUCGCAGCGGAAGGGACGCUCCUCGUUGUGUACCACCUCGUGGCUGAAGAGCUCCCAGGCCCGCUUGAAGGCCUUCUCGCAGACGCCGCACUGGAAGGGCUUCUCGUCGACGAUCACCUCACGGAUCUCCAGCUCGCCGACGCUGCUCGCCCCCCGCUUCGAGUGGGCCGGCAGCCCCACCGCCGCCACCUCCUCCAGCUCGCCCACCGCACUCCCCAGCACCAGCUUGGCAGUGGAGUAGAUGCCACGCUCGUCGAUCAGCUGCACGAAGUCCGGCUUGGGACGGACAUCACCAGGAAGGGGCAGCUCGGGGGAACACGGCCGAGACCCUCUCUCCUCCUCCUCUUCCUCGCUGCUCCGUGGCACCUCCUCCAGCCCAUUCUCCAUCACCCUCUGUCUGAAGUCGCCUGCCCAUCUCUUUCGGAAAGCGGGGAGAGCCUCUGGGAAAAGGGGCACUCGCAGGCCGGAGGACCUGGCUGCCCCUCCAUGGCAGCCCCUGCAAAAAUGAGAAAGAGCGGCUUUAUUCUGCGUUACUCUGCCAAGCGGAUCCCCGAAGAGGCCGACGUCUGCUCUCCCGAAGUCCAGGGCAGCGAGCUGGCUGUGAUCCCUCCUUGCUGCCCUCAGGAUCUUGAACUCCCCCAUUUCAUGGUCCCUGCAGCCAAGGCUGACCUUAAGCUUCACCCCCAACCCAGCCCCUCCGUGUUGGUCCUGCCUCCUCCCUGUCCUCCUCUCCUGUGGAGACGACGAGUGCACAGUAUCUUUGCCACCAACAUGAGGCUUGUCCUCCUGGCAUGUCUCUGGGCUUCCCUUGCAGGAGUCCUGCUGGCAGAAGAUGUAAACACAGCCAAAGUGGAGAUCCGCCUGGUGGGUGGCCCCAGCCGCUGCUCUGGGAGAGUCGAGGUGCUUCACGAGGACGUCUGGGGGACUGUCUGUGAUGACCACUGGGAUCUACGGGAGGCAAAGGUUGUGUGCAGGCAGCUGGGCUGUGGGACAGCGCUAUCAGCCCCUCGGGAGUCAAAAUACGGGGCAGGGGAUGGCAAAAUUUGGCUCAGUGACGUGAACUGCAAAGGGACAGAAGCAAACCUCACUGAAUGCGAGGCGAAGCUGUGGGGAGAGAACAUCUGCAACCACGUGGAAGAUGCCAGCGUGGAGUGCUCAGGAACAGAAAUACCUGAGCCAGGGCCAGUCCGGCUGGUGGGAGGCCCAAACCGAUGUGCUGGGAGGGUUGAGGUGCUUCAUAAGGAGCUCUGGGGCAGCGUGUGCCAUGACGACUGGGAUCUAAAUGAUGCCCAAGUUGUGUGCAAGCAACUGGGCUGUGGGGAUGCAGUGCUGGCCCCCAUUGGAGCCAAGUUUGGACAAGGACGUGACACCAUCUGGCUGGAUGAUGUGAACUGCACAGGGGUGGAAGCCGCUCUCUCUGAGUGCCCAGCGAGGCCAUGGGGGGACCACAAUUGUUACCACAAGGAAGACGCCAGUGCAAUCUGUUCAGAAUCGGGGAUCACCGUCUCCACUUCAGUCCGCCUGGUGGGUGGCCCCAGCCGCUGCUCUGGGAGAGUCGAGGUGCUUCACAAGGACGUCUGGGGGACUGUCUGUGAUGACCACUGGGAUCUACGGGAGGCAAAGGUUGUGUGCAGGCAGCUGGGCUGUGGGACAGCGCUAUCAGCCCCUCGGGAGUCAAAAUACGGGGAAGGGAAGGGCCAGAUCUGGCUGAGCGAUGUGAACUGCACAGGGACAGAAGCGUCCCUCACCGAAUGUGAGACGAAGGCCUGGGGAGACAACAUCUGCAACCACGUGGAAGAUGCGAGCGUGGAGUGCUCAGAGGUGGACGUGCUUGAGGGGGGGCCAGUCCGGCUUGUGGAUGGCCCAAACAAAUGUGCUGGGAGAGUGGAGGUGCUCCACGAGAACCGGUGGGGCAGCAUCUGUGAUGACCACUGGGACAUGAAGGACGCCGAGGUGGUGUGCAAGCAGGUGGGCUGCGGAUCACCGCUGUCAGCGCCGGGAAGCGCCCGCUAUCGUCGAGGGUCGGACAUCAUCUGGCUGGAUGAUGUCGAAUGCAACGGGACGGAAGAGAGCAUCUUCGACUGCCAGGCCAGGCCGUGGGGUGAACACAACUGCUAUCACGGGGAGGACGCCAGCGUUACUUGUACAGUUAACAAGCAACUGGAGAAUCCAGAAGCACCGUGAGUGCCCGACUGGCCCCACUGGCCCAUGCUCAUCUUGCUGCAGAGAGACGUGCCAGCAAGAUUCAGCUGAGGAGACAAAGGGCAGAGAUAUUGCAGAACUACCAGUCUGCCAUAACGGGAUCCGGGGUUUGGCAAAACCAUUCUCUCUCAUCCCUUGAAAGAUCUACAAACUUGGUUAUAACUCCAGUGAUGGAAAACUCAUCUCAACACGCUAUUCCCACUGAAAAGCAAAUAUCACAAAGUAUCAAUAAAGUUCCCCUAAAACUGAGCAUCUGGCUGUCUCAUAAAUUGCUCAUGGGCCUCUGCUGCCUGGAUACAUCCCUGUCAGAGAGCUGUUGGUCCAACAUGAUGAAUAUUUAUGUGAGGAAUGAACAUGAGCGAUAUUUAUACCAAUCAGCACCUCAGAUCUGCAGA